AUGAAAACCUGUCCCAAGGCAGUACCAGCUGAGAAAGCGCAGCAGACAGGUUCUGCAAGAUCAGGCAUCCCAUCGCCGCGGCGACGUAGUGUGGCUGCCGGUGCCAAUGGCCGCGGGAAGGACGUGACAUCGUCAGCGAUUCUGUCCAUCCCGAACAUCACAAAGCAGCGACAAGUCCCGGCCCCAGCGGCGAGCAAGCUUGGCAAAGCAGUAUCACGGCCAAACUCGUCUCAGUCCUGCGACGACAAGGACGACACUCGGCAGAGAGACAACGGCGUUCGGAGGGACAGUUAUCCUCGUGACAAGGCCGUCAACUAUGGCAUACCACGCAGGCCGGUGUCUGCGGCGGAAACGACAAAUUUGACGGACGCCGGUAGGCGGCUCCUACUGAAGAGCACCGCUGUUCUAUACCCUUCGACUUCACCCAGCGGGAAGCCCACGCCAGCAGCGGCCCCGCCAGUAACGGCAAGCACUAAGACUGUGUCCCGCUCCGUCAGCACAAUCCGCGAUCGUCUCUCCGCAACAAGUGACGUAUGCACAAGUACGGUGCAGCGGUCCAUGUCCGUGGGCAAAGGACGCAUCCUGGCAAACCAAAUUGAGCAGCCGCCGCAGCAAACAGGCGCCAAGAACCGGGCUGCAGCUGCGCGAGUUGGUUUGCCGGCGAUGGUCGGCGCACCGUACCGCCCGGUUCCAGACAAGCGGGACACCUCUGCAGGGCGCCUGCGGCCGCUUAGCGCUGCAUCAGGCAAGAGCGAUCUGUCGAUGGCCAGCAGCUGCAAGUCGACGCUAACAACGAUUACGGAGGGUCCAGCAAGGCCAAUUGCUCAACUAAGCGCCUCCGUAAACUCGGCACCAAAGCCACCGGUCCCUAAACUUGAUCUUGGGGGCAUCUUGCAGCGGCGGGCGGAGGAGCAGGCCUCGGAGCCGGUGUUCAUGGUGGCAGCGUCCACCGAAGACCCACCACAGCCUUCAGGUUCUUCGGCCCACCCAUCCCAGGCGGACAAGCGCAAGUCUGGAUCGCGGCAGACUAGCGCGAAGGAGGAGCCUGCGGAGCAUUUCUAUUUGUACCCCAAGGUUAACCCGCAGGAGAAGAAGCGGAUUGAGGAGAUAUGCCGUAUCAUGCCGAAAAAGCAGCAGGUGGCAAUUACGGAUCUAUUUAGCAAGAUGGUCGAGGCGCAAGCGGAGUUUAAGAACCGGCUAGCACAAAAAGAGGAAGAGGUGGCACAGAAGAGCGAGGAGGCCGCGCAAUGGCGGAACGAGGCGGAGUUCCUGCGCGCUCAGUUGGCCAUGCUGCUGAGCGCUAGGCAGCAGGAGGACUGCGUUGAGGAUGCCUCGGCACAACCGGCUGACAACCAGCUG